AUGACUGAACAAGAAGACGUCCUAACGUCGCUCUUAGACGCAGCUGUAUUGCGGCCAUCGCAGCUAGUCUUUAUCCAAUCUUAUCAGCAUGAAGUGCUUGAUAAGUGUAAGAUUGGUGAGCUACCACUCAAGCGUGUCGCCAGUCAAAUCCUGGCUCAAUGCUACCGUUUGCAAUACCGCAGCUCGGAAAAACAUUUACGCGCUCUAUUGACUGAACUAUGCACUCAAGUACCUACUUUCCCAGAGGUUUUUACACGCAUUCUGCUUGUCAAGUGUCCGGCAUUCGUAGCAUCAUUCGCCAGUGCACGUGUUAUCGUGCUGCGUCUCUCGUGUGUUGUGCUGGACACAGUACUGUCUGUCAAGAUACCACCAACGGAUGCGUGGUUCCUAGAGCUACUGAUGUCACAGAGCCGUCUAUUAGAGGCUACUGUGAAUGACUCGGAACGUUACCAACAACAGGCGUGCAAGGCGGUGCUUCAACUGCUCAAGAAACAUACUGACAAGCUGCUACAGAUGUACGUGACUGUAUUGACCACUGCCGCACCUGAGGAGCAGCAAUACCAGUUGUGGAUGGUGCUGAGCACUAGUAAUUUGCUGGAUAAGGAGAUGCAGGAAAUGAUGUGGAGGAGAUAUUCCUUCUGGGCGUUUGAGAGUAAGAAACGAUCGUUCGUGCCCUUGCGCAAGAAUGAUGCCAGGUUCAAGACACUUAAUUACGAGCAGUUUGAACUGUUGAUUCUGCCUUCCAUGGCAAAAAUGCUCAAGAAAGCACCCGAUACAGUGAUUAAAGCGGUAGGGGCGCUCGUUCAUGCAGCGCCAUUAGACUUUGGACGAUACGUAAGCGAUGUGUUCCAGUCCGUCUUGAUUGCAAAGAUGCGCGCACCUAAAAAUGAUGUGCGUGCGCUUGCAGUAGCGCUUGGAGAUUUGCUAGCUCACUCAUUCCGUCAGAGUGAGCACAUGCAGCAGUUUGUAGCUUUGAUGAGCGCCUUGCUGGAAGGCAAACACGGUAUUCUUGCCCAGUUUUACCAACGUGAAGCUGGUUUUGCUGUGCUAAAUGACGCUGCUGACGCCGCAACGGUGCAGCUGGAUGCGUUGGAGAUACAGGACAUUGCUCCGACAGCGAUUUUGUCUCUGCUUAAGGCUGUGAGCAAGGAGGCACACGAACAGACGCGGUAUCUCGGAUUACUAGCGUUAGGAAAGUGGCUUGCGCUAGCUGGUACUGACGAACUUGAUGCUGCUACUGUGGCUGGACUGAAAAGCGGGCUCAAGGACAAGUCCAAACCUGUAGUGGCUGGCUACCUUCGUGCUCUAGUGGUGCUUUGCCUCUCUAGGGCGACUGCAGCAUUGACUUUUGCUGACGAAGUCAUUGGGGUUGUUAAGGACUCGAAAAAGAAACCUAACGUAGUACAUCUCGACGGUUUGCUAGCCAUUGCUGUUGCAGGUUCGAUCGCAUCUGCUACUAGCGAGAUGGAUGCUUGCAUGGCUCAAGAGGGUGUUGCUGAAAUGCUAUUGAGCCCCACGUCCUUCGUUGGAAACAGUGUUCGAGAGGUGUUGAACACUGUAGCAAGUACAUCCCGACAGAAAAUGGUGCCUGAGGCGCCGGAGAUUUCGGCAUUGGCUGCGUUAUCUCGCGCGCUAGUGUGGGUCUUGGCAUCCCAUCAGUCAGAUGCUAGCGAGGUUUAUUCCCUAUUGGUGGAGCUACUGUGCUCUGCUAGCCUCACUGUGCGUCAGAGUGCCGAAAGUGCCGUAGAGACUGUGUACCUAGCAUCCUUGGAGCACUGUUCGGGUUUUGUAGCUGCAUUCGAGAAGAAGAUCAACGUGCUGUCUGCUGAAACUGUGCCUACCUUUCCACCUGCAGGCGUCCUUCGUCGUGCGCUGCGCGUGCUUGUCCCGGCUGCUAUUAGUGACGCCGAAGAUACCAAGGUGCACAUAUUUGCUCGAACUAUUUUCCUUGCACACCACCCAUUGCUUGUUGCAGGCACGAAGGUAAAGGCGUUUGCGCGCGAGUGGCAGUCCAUUCGUUGCCGUUUCAUAGCGCUCCGCUCUAAUACAAAAGGUGGGGACGAUGAUAAUGAUGAGGCACCUCUCAGUGAUGCUGAUCGUGUGGACAACUUCAUUGAAAUGCACAAAGAAGUGAAAACAGCAGUUGUCGAAUUGCUGGCCAAUGCGUCUACGGGCAAGCUAUACUCGACAAGCUCACUGCAGCGGUUAGCUGCUCAGCGUGUGAUGGCUUCCCUGCUCGACUUCGCUGGCAAUGGUGAUGGUGAGGAUCUUGCGUUGCACGAUAUUAUUGAGGAGUUGUUGGCUAAGCGUCUGGAUGGUGAAAACAUUGACGCUUUUAGUGAGGAGGAUGUCGCAGUCUGUCAGACUUCUUUUGAUAAACUUUACGAGCAUAAGAAAGCAAACGAGGAUGAGGAAACUACGAUUCGCAGCAAUCGUGGUGGCCGUUAUGGCGAUGAAGACGAGCAGUGGGAGCAGCAACUACGCGAAGAAUUGGAUCGCAAGAAACGGGCUGAACAGAGUGGUCAGAAGAAGGUAUACACAGCUGAGCAGAUGGCCAUGUUGGAGCAACAACAGGAAGUGCGUCGGAAAGUUCUCGAGACGCGUCGUAUCGUGUCUGCUGUGAUAGAAACAAUUAAUAUGCUUGCAGUCACUCGGCCAGACGAACUUCACUCUACGCUACCGUACUUGCUUCGCUCAGUGCGCGUGCUAUUCACGUGCCCACUGUUCGAGCUCGAAGCGUCAAAUGCGCUACUGGCCAUGGCAAAGGCCAUCAACCCAAAGCCUCUUCGCUCAAACUACCAAGAUGUUGGCAAUGCCUUGCGCAUUAGUCUGGAGAUAAGCCGGUUUGCCUCAGACAAGGCUAAGGCAGCUCGUAUUGCAGAGAUGCAGGCGCUGUUUUUGCGUCUGCUGGCAGAGUUAAUGGAGUAUGUGUUUGGCUUUCAGCUCGAAAGCGAGACAGAGUUUAACGCAGAUUCUACAUGCAAUCUGAUUCCGCCACCGACUCUGCACUUGCUGUUUCCAGUGUUACAUGACUUGCUGCACUUCGCACCAGAUCUACGCCGGUGGGCUCUGCCUCUUUUUGCGGCUCACGCACGUAUGAUCCCUGACGAAGACGAGGAAGAAGUUGGGGAUGUUACGACCCAGCGGCUACUGCGUCACGACAUGUUGCAGUUGACUUUGCUUUUGCUGUCCCGGCAGGCAACGGGAAGUGCGUUGCCUAUUGUUAAUCCUGACUUGGCUCCGGGCAAAUUGUUGACUUCUCUAUGCAUGGGGCCCGAACUAAACGCGUCUGAGUGGGCGCCUUUGCUUGGCGAUAAUGGUCUGCUUUCUGAUGAGGCGAGUGUCCGUGGUGAGAUCCUGACAGCGCUACUCAACGUCGCUCAAAGCGGUGAAGGCGGCGAAGAGUUUUGUAAUGCCAAGCCGAGUUCGCUAUUGAUUGCACGGUUGCAUUGCUGCUGCUUUGAUUUAGAGGAAAAGAACCGUAUUCUUGCUAAGCAGGUAUGGAAUGCGAUGGGAGCUACAGUCACGGCGCUAUUUGCAGGCCCGCUCCUUGUGUUGCUGAAUCACACAUAUGCUAGUGUCCGUGAAAUGGCCUCUCUCGCUCUUGCUGAUGGCAUGCGUCAGUUUCCAAAGUCAGUGACGCCCCUGCUGAAUAAUCUGAAGACCCACUACUUGAGUAAUCAGCCAAAACUUGUGGAGCAAAAGGACGAGUUUGGUAUUCCAACCGUUCGCCGCCCUGGUGCAGUGGCUACAGAACUGGACGAGGACGUUCGUACGAUGGGUCCUCGGCUUGGUGUUGCUCUGUGCUUGGAGAAAGCCGCGGAGGUUGCUGGUCCAGAAGCGAUGUCCAACGCAAACACGAUGUUCCUCCUGACUUUUGUUAUAGAGCAUGGUUUGGGGGAUCCAAACUCUAAGGUGCGUGCGCAGAUGCGCAAGACUGGUGUGCAAGCUGUGACGUCGCUGGGCGGAGGUGCCAAUACUGUGCCACUGUUGGAAAUGUUUGAACAUUUCCUUGAGACCACUGCUUCCUCCGCUACUUUUACGGUAAAAAGCAGCACCGGAAAGAAGGCUAAGGUUGGGACUCAUCUCGCUUGUCAGGAAGACGAUAUGCUUGAGCAGAGGAAGCAGACGUUAUCCAUCUAUGAUCACCAUCGUGAGGGUGUCGUGGUAUGUUUGGGCUCCUUGGCCAAGCACAUGGCUCCGACGGACCCGAAGGUAUCUUCUAUUGUAGAUUCUCUUCUUGAAAAUCUCGACAUUCCGUCUGAAUCGGUGCAGCGUUCUGUUGCAAUGUGUCUAUCGCCGCUCAUGGGUGCAGUGAAGGAUCGCAGUGCAAGUAUUUUAGACGAUCUGCUAAAGCGUGUUACUGAAGGUGAAACUUUCGGCAAGCGCAUGGGGGCAGCAUUCGGUCUAUCGGCUGUAGUGAAAGGACUUGGAAUCUCUGCCCUCAAAAUCUACAGCAUCAUUCCGCGGCUUGAAGAAGCAAUGAAGACGAGUGGUGCUAACGCUCGUCAAGGCGCGAUGCUUGUGUUUCAAUGCUUGAGCCAGCGUCUCGGAUUGCUCUUCGAGCCGUAUAUCAUUACCAUUCUGCCAAUUAUGCUCAAGUGCUCGGCUGAUGCGAGCCCACAAGUACGUGAGGCGGCAAGCCACACUGCUAAGGGUAUUAUGGCCAACUUGUCAGCACAUGGUGUGAAGCUGGUGUUGCCAUCGCUUCUAGGUGCUCUUGAAGAAAGCAUGUGGCGUACGAAGCAAUCCGGCAUUCAGAUCUUGGGUUCGAUGGCGUACUGUGCUCCGCGACAGCUAGGUUCCUGUUUGCCUCAGGUGGUGCCCAAGUUAAUGGCUGCAUUGACUGACUCCCACCCAAAGGUUCGGGAGGCUGGUAAGAAUGCGCUGCGCGACGUGGGCUCUGUGGUGCGCAAUCCUGAAAUUGCUAAAAUCUCCAAGGUGCUGCUUGACGCUCUUGAAGAUCCUAACCGACAUACGGCCGAAGCUCUUCAGCAACUUCAGUCAACAUCGUUCCAGCACUCGAUUGAUGCGCCAUCACUGGCACUUGUGAUGCCUAUCAUCACUCGUGGCUUGAAGGAUCGCGCAGGUGAUGCCAAGAAGAAGGCUGCACUUAUUGUAGGUAGUAUGUGCUCCAUGAUCAGCGACGCCAAGGAUUUGGUACCUUACAUGGAGACGGUGCUACCUAGUCUAAAGAUUCAGCUUACGGAUCCAAUUCCAGAGGUGCGCGCUGUGGCUGCCAAGGCUCUGGGUAAGCUUGUCAAGGGUCUUGGCGAGCGCCAUUUUGCCGAUAUGCUGACGUGGCUUCUUGAAGCCAUGAAGAACGAUGAGGUUGGUCCUGUGGAGCGUUCAGGAGCUGCACAAGGUUUGUGUGAAGUCGUGGUUGCGCUUGGUAUUGAGCGUGUGGAGCUCAUCAUGCGAGAUAACAUUUUGCCAUUGGCUCGCCAUCCUAAGUACUCGGUGCGCGAAAGUGUAUUGUGGGUCAUGGCUUUUUUGCCGCCGGCUCUCGGCAAGCAGUUUUCGAUCUUCCUGCGUGAAGCACUGCCGGUCGUGGUGGCGGGUCUCAGCGACGAAGCUGAGUCUGUGCGCGAUGUUGCCAUGCACUCGGGUCAUGUCGUGGUAAACGCGCACGCUCUGUCGCACACACGCGACCUGUUGCCAAGUCUAGAAGCUGGUUUGUUUGAUGAUAGCUGGCGUAUCCGCCAGAGCUCGGUCAUGCUGCUGGGUGAUCUUAUGUACCGUAUCAGUGGCACACGCGCUGUUGCUGUUGUUAACGAAGACAACGACGAUGAAGACGAGACGUCUGGCAGCGCCGCGGGUGAUCGUGCCAUUAUCAAGCUGCUUGGUAUCCAGCGCCGCAACGCCAUAUUGGCUUCACUAUACAUGAUUCGCUCGGACACUUCAGCUGUGGUUCGCCAGAGCGCUCUGCAGGUUUGGAAAAGUGUGGUCGCCAACACACCCAAGACGUUGCGCCAAAUUCUUGAGGCACUCAUGAACGCUAUUGUGUCAGCGCUGUCAGAUGACAACAUGGAAAAGCAAACAAUGGCGGGUCGUACGCUUGGAGAAAUUGUGCGCAAGCUGGGCGAGCAUGUGCUUCCUGAGGUGGUGCCCAUCCUGCGUGCAGGCUUGUCACCUUCAUUGCCGACUGGCCGACGGCAGGGUGCUUGUAUCGGUCUGGCAGAAGUCAUUGAUUGUUGCACAAAGAAGCAGAUUGAAGACUAUGUGGACACGCUUGUUGAUGCUGUAUUGGAUGGCGUUUGUGAUAAACUGGCAGAGGUUCGUGCCUCGGCUGCGCAAGCAUUUGAUGUGCUACACAAGGGCAUUGGUUAUCGCGCUAUAGACGAAACUAUUCCAAUGAUUUUGGAGCGUAUCCACUCCUCUCCAUCGGCAGAAGAACAGGAGCUUGCGCUUCUUGGACUACAGGAAAUUCUGCGUGUGAAAUCACGCGAAGUGCUUCCGUACCUAAUUCCGCGUUUAAUGGUGACGCCGGUGACUAUCUCAGCGACACGUGCUGUGUCCCACGCGGCUCAGGCUACGGGUGCGGUGAUCCACUUUCAGCUGGAGCGAAUCUUUGCGACGUUUUUCGCGCAGUACGUCAAGCUGCUCGAAAACGGCAGUUUGGAUACUUUAAAGACAGAGCUUGCCGAAGAAAUCAAAAGCUCGUUGCGCAAUGUGGUACUCUCUGUGGAAGCACCAGGCGUGCAUUGGCUGGCUAUUGAGCUUUGCAAGUAUUGCGAGUAUGAAGGCAUGGUCGAACGUGCUUUGGCUUUCGAUCUUGUAGCUGAAUUCUGCUCGCACACGUCGGUUCCGUAUGAUGACCAAGCGCCUCUGUUUCUCAAACAAAUUGUGCUGCACUUAAAUGACCAAGACAAUCUGGUUGUUCGUGCCGCCUCUGCGGCAUUUAAGGGCAUGAACGUGACCACAAGGCCGGAGCAGUUUGCACAACACUUGGACUUCAUUCGCCAAUCGAUCAAUUCAAUGGUCAGUGACGCCCGUCACCGCAAGGGUGGUGUUGGCUUCGGCGAGUACUUGCUGCCGGGUCUCUGUAUUCCUAAGGGCCUCGAACCAUUCUUGCCAAGCUACCAAUGGGCUCUAAUGAACGGUUCGCCGGAGCUGCGUCAGAGUGCGGCUGCUGGACUUGGUGAGCUUGUGGAGCUGAGCAGUGCAUCUGCUCUUCGCCCAUACCUGAUCAAGCUUACAGGUCCGCUUAUUCGUAUCGCUGGUGAUCGUUUUCCAGGUCACGUGAAGGCUGCAAUUCUGCAAACUCUAGAGAUCAUUUUAACCAAGGGUGGCGUAGCACUCAAGCCGUUCCUUCCUCAGCUGCAAACUACAUUCGUUAAGGCCCUUAAUGACACUGCUGUGGACGUGCGAGCUCGUGGCGCAUCGGCAUUGAGCCUUCUUGUCACGCUCAACCCGCGUGUGGAGCCUCUCUUAGCAGAGCUUACGGAGCGCUUGCGCACCACGACUGGUGGUGUGCGUGAGGCCAAUCUGGAGGCUGUUGCUUCUAUGGUCGAGCGUGUCGGAGACAAGUUGUCAGCUGCUGCCCGAAGUAUUCUGGAAAGUGCACUCGAGGAUAUGCUUGAGUCAAGUGAAGAUGCACUGCGCGAUGGCGCCAGCAAAUGCCUAGCUUCCUAUGUAGCUUCCACCGCAAGCAACGACGUGGAGAUGGCGCAACAGCAGCUAUUGGGCUACAGUCUGGCAAAUGUGUCAGCUGACUUGCAAACGCUGCCAUGGCAGCGGCGCCAGAGUGCGGCCGUGUUCACAGCAUUCGUGUUGUACAAACAUGCGGCACUGCUGACUUCGAAAGUGUCCGCUUCGCUGACUACCACGCUUUUAACGCUGGCUCAGGAUGAACAGUCUGCUGUGCGCAACCAUGCGCUGAAGGCUAUUGCUGUCGUGGUAAAGCGCCAGGAGCACGUGGCCAACGUUGCCACUCUAGUGCGCGUGCUGGUGGAGAGUGUGGCGGACAAAAACAAGGAUGUGGUUCGUAGCGCGCUGCACGUGGCGAAACUGGCUGCGAAGCGCUCGCCGGAGCAAAUACGCGAUCACUCAUUAGUGCUUGUUCCUGCUGUCUUCCAGCUUAUUAAGAGCAACAACAUGGCUGUGAAGCUGCCUGCCGAGCGGACAUUGCUGUACCUGCUCGAGGUGCAUUCCCGGCCAGAGACACUGGCUGAGUAUCUGCGUAGUAGUGGUGCCGACGCCAAGAUCAUUGGCGAGUACACGCGUCGUGUGUUAAGCAAACUCAAGGCUGACAGCGGCGAUGAAAGUGAAUAA